AAGCCAGGUCUCAGCGAGUGGUGGGGGUUGCACUGCGGUAAUAUGGCUCUUCCUUAGCCAGCGGCGGUGGCCGGCGGUGGGGUAGAGCGGUUCUGCCUCCCGGGUGGCUGGUUUCUGGGCUUCAGAGGCUCAGCGGGUCGUGACUAGGCUGUGGUGGCGGAUGCCGGAGGAGCGCCGGCCCCGCCGCUUGGCGGCUCCCGGGUCAAGAUGAGCGCUUCAGCGUCGGUCGGGGGACCGGUCCCCCCGCCGCCCCCGGGCCCGGCCGCCGCGCUGCCUCCCGGUUCUGCCGCGCGGGCCCUGCAUGUGGAGCUGCCGUCUCAGCAGCGACGUCUUAGACAUCUUCGGAACAUCGCUGCCCGGAACAUUGUUAAUAGGAAUGGCCAUCAACUCCUAGAUACCUACUUCACACUUCACUUGUGUAACACUGAAAAGGUAUAUAAAGAAUUUUAUAGGAGUGAAGUGAUUAAGAAUUCCUUGAAUCCAACAUGGCGGAGUCUUGAUUUUGGAAUAAUGCCGGACCGUCUCGAUACAUCUGUGUCUUGUUUCGUGGUGAAGAUUUGGGGUGGAAAGGAGGACAUCUACCAGCUGUUGAUUGAAUGGAAAGUCUGUUUGGAUGGGCUGAAAUAUUUGGGUCAGCAGAUUCAUGCCCGCAACCAAAAUGAAAUAAUUUUUGGGCUGAAUGAUGGCUAUUAUGGUGCUCCAUUUGAACAUAAGGGUUAUUCAGAUGCUCAGAAGAGUAUUCUUCUUCAGGUGGAUCAGAACUGUGUUCGCAAUUCUUAUGAUGUCUUCUCUUUGCUGCGGCUUCAUAGAGCCCAGUGUGCAAUUAAACAGACUCAGGUAACUGUUCAGAAAAUUGGAAAGGAAAUUGAAGAAAAACUAAGACUCACAUCUACAAGCAAUGAGCUGAAAAAAGAAAGUGAGUGCCUGCAAUUAAAAAUUUUGGUGCUUCGAAAUGAACUGGAAAGACAGAAGAAAGCUUUGGGACGGGAGGUGGCAUUACUGCAUAAGGAACAAAUUGCGUUACAGGACAAAGGAAGUGCAUUUUCGGCUGAGCACCUCAAGCUUCAACUCCAGAAGGAAUCCCUAAAUGAGUUGAGGAAGGAGUGUACUGCGAAAAGAGAACUCUUUCUGAAGACUAAUGCCCAGUUGACAAUUCGUUGCAGGCAAUUACUAUCUGAGCUUUCCUACAUUUACCCUAUUGAUUUGAAUGAGCAUAAGGAUUACUUUGUAUGUGGUGUCAAGUUGCCUAAUUCUGAGGACUUCCAAGCAAAAGAUGAUGGAAGCAUUGCUGUUGCCCUUGGUUACACUGCACAUUUAGUAUCAAUGAUUUCCUUUUUCCUACAAGUGCCCCUCAGAUAUCCUAUAAUUCAUAAGGGAUCGAGAUCAACAAUCAAAGAUAAUAUUAAUGACAAGUUGACUGAAAAGGAGAGAGAGUUUCCAUUAUACCCAAAAGGAGGGGAGAAGUUGCAGUUUGAUUACGGUGUCUAUCUUCUGAACAAAAACAUAGCACAGCUAAGAUAUCAACAUGGACUAGGGACUCCAGACUUGAGGCAAACCCUCCCUAACCUGAAAAACUUCAUGGAGCACGGACUAAUGGUCAGGUGCGACAGACAUCACACCUCCAGUGCAAUCCCUGUUCCAAAGAGACAAAGCUCCGUAUUUGGGGGUGUAGAUGUAGGCUUCUCUGGGGGGAUGCCUUCACCAGACAAAGGACACCGGAAACGGGCCAGCUCAGAGAAUGAGAGACUCCAGUACAAAACCCCUCCCCCCAGUUACAGCUCAGCAUUAGCCCAGCCUGUGACCACUGUCCCCUCCACGGGAGAAUCUGAGAGAAAGACAACAUCUCUGUCUUCCUCCUUGGACACCUCCUUGGACUUCUCCAAAGAAAACAAGAAAAAAGGGGUAGAUCUGAGUGACAGCUUCAAUGGAGGCCAUGGGAGUGUGAACACUAGCCAGGAACAGGGACAAGCCCUCCCGGGGCCUCCAGCCACAGUCAACGGCACCCUCCUGCCCAGCGAGCAGGCCGGCUCCUCCAGCGCCCAGCUUCCAGGGGGGUUCCACCCGGUCUCCGAAGCCGAGCUCUGCUGUACCGUGGAGCAAGCAGAAGAGAUCAUCGGCAUGGAAGCCACAGGCUUCACCUCAGGCGAUCAGCUGGAAGCAUUUAACUGCAUCCCCGUGGACAGUGCCGUGGCAGUGGAAUGUGACGAACAAGUUCUGGGAGAAUUUGAAGAGUUCUCCCGAAGGAUCUAUGCACUGAACGAAAAUGUAUCCAGCUUCCGCCGGCCACGCAGGAGUUCUGAUAAGUGAAGCGAGCGGACAGACGGUAGGACCAGGAUAGAGUCACUGCUUGAAAUGAGGAUAAAGCUGCACUGGUUACCCUUUGUAAUAAUUAUGACACAAAAUGAAUAUUAAUGGAGGAUAUUCCUCAGAAAAAUAGACUUUGUGAAUCAAGGAGGGACUCAGGAUCAUUGUGUAUCAGUGGGCCAAAGUUAGACUUUGCUUGCAAGAUUUGCUUUUCAGGCCUGUCAGUUAUUUUAAGGCAGAAGUCUAGCUCUAGUCACCUUAUAGGCAUUUGACUGCUUUUUUAUUUACACUUCUGUGUUAUCCUCAGAGGGAAGAUGAUAAUAUAUAAAUAAUAUAAUGAAUUUAUCUUUAGUUUCUUAUAAGCAUUUGCCCUCACCAUAGUUUAUGAAACUUUGGGAAAAUUGAAUAUUCAGUAAAAGGUCUCCAACAUCCACUGAAGGAUCUUUGGCCGUCCAUUAAGUUGAUGAGUUAGAAGCACAAUGGCCUCCUUAUACCCAGGCCCACCUGCCCCUGCCCCUGCCCCUGGUCCCAGACUUCACAGUCAACCUAGCUGUCACCCCGUCUGCACAGUAGAUACCUUGUGCAUCCUGACGACUGAGGACAUCACGUUUGCUGGUUCUUUAAUGAAGUUGCCAUUACCUUCCACCUCUUCCAGUCAGCCAUACCCUUGCUGCAGCCCUCAGAUUAUAGGGAAGACCUCACCACUGGUGGAUCCCAGGGGAUCCUCAAGGACCCCUGAGGUUACUAUAGUCAGGUGGCCUCCAGUUCCCUCUGGGGGCCACAGUUAUGUGGGCAGAGGCUGUUGUCAAAAGCUGGGUGUGCUUUCUGGCAACACACUCACCAUAUAGAAAUCCCUAUAUGUAAACCCCAUGUUAAUUUAUUAAAUUUCAGUUGGAAAGGAAGGCAUUGUAUAUGAUAAAAUAUGUGUAGAGUCAGGCUGUCCAGUGUGCAGACUGCAAGGCAGUUGAGGUAGUUAGAUUAAGAGACUAGAUGAGGCAUAAAAUACUAUCGGUAUGUGUGCAAUUGCAUAAAUAUUAAAUUAUGUUUUUGAAGUACAUUUUCAUUCCUGGAGCUCAGAUAUCAUUUGCUAUUGCUAUAUACUUUAUAUACCCAAGGACAUCGCCUCAGGGUUGCAAGCUCUUUAAGGAAAUUCUAUGCUUAUAUCCGUGUAUUGUAUAAAGAAUAAAAAUUGAGUUUACUUCACUCAA